ACAGCAUUUCCUUCACAAGUGCAUCGCAUGGCAACAACAAUCUAACGUAUUUAUUUCCAGCUUUAUUUUAUUUAACUCUGAAGGAUAUCCACAUUAGGAGUUACUCCGCAAAACGGAGAGAUCAUCUCUCAGAAAUGAUGGAAACUGAAUUACCUAAAUUGCACCCAAGCCAGCAGGAUAUGGAGCUGAUAGAUAUCCUGUGGAGACAAGACGUGGAUCUGGGUGUGGGGAGGGAGGUGUUUGAUCUCAGCUACCGACAGAAGGAGGUUGAGCUGCGUCGGCAGCGGGAGCAGGAGGAGGAGAAACACCAGCAGCACUUGCGGGAGCAGGAGAAAGCUCUGCUUGCCCAACUCCAGCUGGAUGAGGAGACGGGGGAGUUCGUGCCACGGACGACUCCGGCUGCAGACGCCCUGGCGAAAGCUAACACAACAAACGGGCAAAUCACACAGAAUGGGGCGUUCACUGCGGAAGGAGACGCCAUGUCAUUCGACGAGUGCAUGCAGCUCCUUGCUGAGACAUUUCCCUUGGAUGAGCCAACACAGCAAGCUUCAACCUGCCUAGAUCCAUCCGUUCCCUCCUCCACAGACCCUGUGAUGCCUCCAGAUAUGGCUGUGUUUACCCAGAAUCCUUUGCAGCUGGACUCUAUAGAUCAGGCAUGGAUGGAGCUGCUGUCUCUUCCAGAGCUACAGCAGUGCCUCAGCAUGCAGAUGCAGGAGACAUCAGAGAUGGAUGGAUUUAUGAACUCAAGCCCCUCUGGAGAGGUUCAGGACACAAACUACAGCCAGUACCUGCCUGGAAUGGAUCGUCUUCCUUCGGGCCACACAGAGGCGUGUCCUUCUGAAUACAUCAACAUGUACGAUAGUUCCUUCAGCACUCUGGUUGCGCCCAACCUCAGUCAGAUGAGUCUGAACGUUCCAGAUGUGGGGUCCAAGUAUGGACCGGAGCAAUUCUGUGAGCUGUUUUAUCCCGAGAUGGAGGUUAAAGUGAACAAUGGUCUUCUUAAAUCUGAUGAAACUAACGUGGCCGGCCACUUGCCUGAGAUUGCUUGCGAUCUUCCAGUUAACCCCAUGGAUCUACACAGCUUCUCUCCUGGAAACUUCAGCUCGGAAAAUUCAGAACUCUUGACGGAAUUCCCAGAUUCUGAUUCCGGGUUGUCACUGGAUGAGAGCCCCGGUAUAAAUUCUCCGGGGAAGUCCAUGCACGAAGACGGAUCCUUUGGUUUCAGUGACUCUGACUCAGAAGAGAUGGACGGUAGUCCUGAAAGCACAGAGUCAGAUUAUACAGAGAUAUUCCCGCUGGUUCACCACAGCGAUGGAGUCCAGUUGCUUGUCUCUGAUAAAUUCUCUGCAGAGUCACGGGAAAUGAGAGUGAAAAACGCAAAGGUAGAGCCGUCGGAGGCGAGCGGCCACUCCAAACCUCCCUUCACCAAAGACAAGCUGAAGAAGCGCUCAGAGGCACGGCUAUCCCGUGACGAACAGAGAGCGAAAGCCUUGCAAAUUCCGCUAACUGUGGACAUGAUCAUCAAUCUUCCUGUGGAUGAUUUCAACGAGGUGACAUCCAAACAUCAGCUCAACGAGGCACAACUCGCCCUCAUCAGAGACAUCCGCCGCCGCGGCAAGAACAAGGUCGCCGCUCAGAACUGCCGCAAACGCAAGCUGGAGAACAUUGUAGGCCUCGAGUACGAGCUGGACUCGCUGAAGGAGGAAAAAGAACGUCUGAAGAAGGAAAAAAGCGAGCGCAGUGCCAGUCUGAGAGAGAUGAAGCAUCAGUUGAAUGAUCUGUAUCAAGAAGUCUUCAGUAUGCUUAGAGACGAGCAGGGCAGGCCUUUCUCAACCAAUGAACAUUCCCUUCAGCACACUGCCGACGGCACCGUUUUUCUCGUUCCUCGCCUUAAAAAGACUCUGGUAGAGAACAACUAGCUUGCUUCCUUCACCUAUUCUCUUUCCAUACCUGCUUCUGUUGUUUGGUACCGCUUUUCUCUUGCGAACACUGUGUAUUAAUCAGGCACGAAUUUGAUAAUGAUCAGACACUUGGUCGAGUGAUUGGUAGCCACGCCCACCAGGAAAUCUCAUUAUCCCAAACCUCACUGAUACCCUUUUUCCCCAAAAAAACAUCCUAGCCAGGAAGGGUGCACCCUCCCAGCCACUGGGCUUGGGUAGGUACCCUAAGGUGCCUAAAUCUCUAAAUGGUGCAAUGAUGUGACUCUUUAGAUGUUACUUAAUGUGACAUAGGAUAGAAGGAAUUAGUAGAUAUUCAACAUAGCAACAUAGGGUCAACAUAGCUUUUCUGACUUGUUUGGAGAAAACUGUUCCACAUACAACGGCUUGGCACUCAGUGUAAGGGAUGACGCACUAGUGUUACCUGUAGUGGUGUGGAUGUGCAAAUAUGUCAUCGAAACUCAUGCAAACACAAGAAAUGGCUUUUUUGAUAGCCGUCCAUCGUAGUGACCUCUAUGUGUGAAAGGGUUAAUGUGUUGAAUAUGUGUGUACCAGUUUCAUAUUCAGUGUAGGCUGUCAUGUCAUGCCUGGUCACAACACAGUGUACGUUUUAUGCGAAAGAAAAAAACUAAAUAGGAGCGUAUUUUGCGCAAUACAUCAACCAUUGAAACGGCAAAACUAUUAUAUAUGUUUUGCCUAUUCUACUUUCCUAAUAUUUCUAAUCUCCGUUGGAUUUUUUACUCUUUAUAUUUUCUCUGGGAUUCUUUUACUUGUAUGGUUUGUAAAUACAUUUAUACUUAAUUUGCUAUCGAGAUAGGAAUAAUGUACUGUAUAUAAAAUAGAUCACAUUAUAGUAUGCUAAUAAUUUGCCGAUCAUUUUAAGUCUGCACUUGAGUUUUUAUAUCUUAAUUUACAACUUUGUUGCCGUUUUAUUCUCUGACUUUGUGGCUUUUUAAUGAAUAAAAAUGUAUUUAAAACA